UCGCGAAAGUUUGGGGGUCCUUUUUGAGCUCGACGGCUGUCCCGCAUCGGGGGUGCGAGCCAGGUCAACGAUUCGGGCUCGGUUCUGGUUGUGUGUGGGGGUCAUGUUGACGAGCGGCUUGCCCCGGCUCGGAGGACUUUCAGUAGUUUGGCUUAAAGUGUCCGGCAGCCGCUGGUGGUCACACACACCGAGUGCCUUUAUCCGAGCUAAAAGUGGCUUCGUGUUUUUGUUUGUGCGAUGUAGCUAAUGUUAGCUCGCUAACUAAUAACACGCACACCUCCUCCGAGGCGGUGUCAAUAAUAAAAAAGCCGGCUAGUUGCACAUGUAAGUGUGGGCUGGGUUUAGUUUUUAAAGGGCUGAGUUUGGUUUUUUGGACUGUGUACUGACGGCUGGAAACGUUAAUGGUGGACGCCGCUGCCCGCUUUAAGCCCCGUGGCACCAGUAUUGGUUCUGCUAUCUGGUAGCUAAUCUUCCUACUUCUCUCUGUGACAACCGUAGUCUUCCUCCUCUUAAAGCUGAACACACACACACACACUCACUCUGACACACACCGCACACACUCCCCUCUCUGUCUCUUCCUCUCAGCCAGACAGGAGCACGCACGCACACACACAGGCGCGUGCACACAUUUCCACAGCACGAGUUUUUGCAGCGCUUCGGGACAAAGCUGUGGGCUCAGGAUUUCUGCCGUCACACCAGUCCGCCGCUAAAUAUGUGCCGUCCGUUCAUGCGGACGCGCUGAGGUGGAUUUAAAACGUGGGGAUAUCUAAUGGCUGAACGUGACGGAAGCCGGCGUUGCUCAUGGUGUGUGCAGCGAGCCACACGCGGACUGACGCCGUGUUGUGACGGCACUGGUUUCUCUUGCUGAGUCGUGAUCGUGGGAUGUCUGAGGAGGCUGUCCGCCAGACACGCAGCCAAAAGAGGGCGCUGGAGAGGGAGGCUGCCCCACAGUCUGUAGAAACCUCCAAUGCCGACAAUGAAAGCAAAAAACCUAAACUGGACCCGUCUGAAUCGCCAACACAGACACAAACUAAACCUAAGCCUGACCUUAUUCUGGCACAGGAUGGUCAGAGCCGGACUAGGCCCGGAUUAGAGCAUGACAAGGAGCAGGAGCAAGAUCAGAGCCCUUUGCCAUUAUCUUUAGUGUUACCCUUGACCUCCCAGCCGGUGAAGGAUGAACGAAAUCGGUCCCAGAGACAGCAGGUGGUUGAACCCGGCUCAGACAAUCGGACUGACUGCAAUGACAAAGCAAGGGCAAUGGACACAAGGAGCCGCGUCCGGCAGGCGGAGCCAAAGGCGUCCGGCGGCAUGCUGGCCGCAGGGGAAGUAAAGGCCACUAUUAAGGUUGAAGUUCAGACAGGAGAGCAGCCCGUGGACAUGAGCACCUCCAAAGGGAGUAUAAAAAGGGAGAAACGCCCUCCAUCCCCUGAAGAUGAUGACGUCAUCAUUUUGUCAGAUAAUGACUCCCCUAGUCCACCGAUGAACGGGCUGAGCCACUUUAAAGAGCUGGACACGGACUUGCUCAUGAAAAGCAGCCCAGCUGAGAGGGAGCGUAUCAUUAAGCAGCUGAAGGAGGAGCUGAGACUGGAGGAGGCCAAGCUCGUGCUGCUGAAGAAACUGCGGCAGAGCCAAAUUCAGAGGGACACUCUGCAGAAGCCCUCAGGUUUAUCUGGCUCAUCUGCUCCUCCUCCUCUAAUUCGAGGAACAAUUGCAAGCAGUAAAGGCUCUCCACAGAUUUUGACAGGGAGGAGUUCGGGUACUGUCAUCCCUCCACCCCUGGUGAGAGGAGGCCAGCAGGUAUCGUCUAAACAUGGCUCCCAGAUCAUCAUGCCACCUCUGGUCAGAGGGGCACAGCCCAUCUCUGUGUCUCCACAGCAGAUCCAGGCUCUCCGCCAGCAGCAGCAGCAACAGCUGGCUGCCUCUGGAGGCUCGGGGUCUGGUCCUCCUCCUCUGCUGUUGGGUCCCCGGAACUCUGACGCCCAGGGCCAGAGAGGAAUGAUCCAAUCAGGCCUCAUCAGAGUCGGCAGCACGCUGGCCUCUUCAUCCAGUUUGAAGGGCUCUUCCCUAGGAAGCGGUGUGUCUGUGGUGGGUCUGAAUGACUCUCCAGCCAGCCGUCAGGCUGCAGCUAAACUCGCGCUGCGGAAGCAACUGGAGAAGACCCUCUUGGAGAUCCCUCCACCCAAGCCACCUGCCCCAGAGUUCAACUUCCUGCCCUCUGCAGCCAAUAAUGAAUUCAUCUACCUGGUGGGACUGGAAGAAGUGGUGCAGAAUCUGUUGGAUACCAUCCACAGAGGAAAAACGGGUGUAGCCCUGCCCAAGCCCACCAUCAGAGAACCUUUCAUCUGCAGCCAGUGCAACACUGACUUCACCUGCCGUUGGAGGCAGGACAAGACGAAAGGCGGGGCGGUGCUCUGUGAAGACUGCAUGUCAUCCAACCAGAAAAAGGCUUUGAAAGCUGAGCAUACCAAUAGGCUGAAAGCCGCCUUUGUCAAAGCACUGCAGCAAGAGCAAGAAAUAGAGCAGCGUAUAAUUCAGCAGACAUCUUCACCAGUCUCCCACAGUACCUCAUCCGCUUCAUCUGCCUCUUCGUCACUGAAGGCAGAGCAUCUGGUGGCUCAGCAGCUGAAGCAAGUUCAGGCCAGAGUGUCCUCCCUCCAGCACCACCACCAGGCCAGCCGAGGAAACCUCAUUCAUCAUCACUCCAUCAAGCAGAGCUCACAGGGCCACCUGUCCCACGGUGUCUCAUCAGUGGGGGUGAGAGGCGUCCCCCACUCCUUUUCCUCCUCCUCCCAGCUGCAGAGCGCAGUGGCGGCGGCGGCUUUGGUCAGCCGGCCAGGUAAGCACGCCCAUGUUUCCCACCGCUCUGUGCAGAGUUCAAAGGUGAGCAGCAGUGGAAUCCGCGGCCACAGGAUUAUCAGCGGAGGUAGUGCCUCAUCCACUGCAUGGAAGAAGCAGAGCAGCAGCAACACAGGAGUGACCAUGGCCUACGUGAACCCCAGCCUGACGGGUCACAAGACAUCAGCCACAGUGGACGCUCGCCAGAGGGAGUACCUGCUGGACAUGAUCCCCUCUCGCUCGUCAAUCUCGCAGACUGCAAACGCGUGGAAAUAGUCGAAACCGUACUCCGCUACUCAUUUACUAGUUUUUGUCCCAAGUUCCUCGGCUCCAAUAAUACGGUCCACAGCGCCCCCGCAGGACUUGUUAAGCAAUUACAAUCUCUCAAAGUGAAGAAACGUUCCUUAAUUAAUACCUUUGUAUGAUUCUUGUUUUAGUUUUCCUUAUUUUCUAAUGUUUUUUUUUCUUCUUUUGAGGUUCACUGUUAUUUGAUAAUUGUGCAGAAACCUUUUUGAUUUGACUAGGCAAAGAAGAAAAUACUUGAAGGGCUUCCUCUGGGCUCUGUCCUCCAGACAGGGUCGUUUAAAUGAUGUGCGAUAGGAGGUUAUGUCUGCUGCGAGUACCUUUGAUAAAAAUAAGCGUUCUGUUUGAGGCUUGUGAGCCCUUUUCUGCCAUGAUGUGGGUGAAACGCACCCAGUCUUUUGACACUUGAAUAGUUGUAUCACACCCAAGAGUUCACGUUUGACAAAAUACACAUUUAUUUUAAGUAAAAGCAAAAUAACCAAGUUGUAAAAUUUUCAUGACACCACCCAUGUAGUUAAAGGUUUGAAUUUAUUUUGUAUUUACCGUAAGUUAUUUUUGUGUUUUUUGUUUUUUUUUGUUUUGUUUUUUUUUUGUUUUUUUUUUUGUUUGUUUUGUUUUGUUUUGUUUUUUUCUUUAUUUCUUUUUUUUUGGACUGAUGUUUAAGAUCACUCAGUAUAAUGUGGUUUCCACAAAUGAAGAUUAUUCUAGCUUUGUUUUUUCUUUUCUUUCUUUUUUUUCCUGUUUAACAGCAUGCCUACCCUUAAGUCCAUUUUGCACCUUAGCUGAAGAAGCAUGGUGUCAUUGCUUAAUUCAUCUGUAAUUACCAUCUGUAAUUUGCUUAUUUUAUAUUGUCAACAUUGUAAGAUUAUUUUGAGUGUUACAUCAUCACUGAGAAAAUGCAAAACUCUGAAGGAGCUGAAUUCGCCACACUGGAGCCAGAAAUCUUGCCUCCGAUAUUUAUCCAUUGUCCACGUGAGACAUAGGCUAUACGUAGCCUUGACUCAGUCCUUAAAGGAAACAUCUUCCAGCUUCCUGGAUUACACAGUUACAGAGUUGUGUGAUCACACAAUUAAGAUUAAGACUCUGGAUUACACAAGACCAUCGUUAUCUUGUGCCCCUAACCAUAAUGCAUAAUUUCUCUGCUUUCCAGUAAUCUUAAUUGCAAUGUACAAAGUUAUGUUUAAAUUUAUUUGGUUUACUUUUUUCCUAGCUCCUGAAAGAAAUAAUAAAAAAUAUUACAUUUUAAA